GGCAAGGUCGUCAAGACGUCAAGUGAAGUGAAGGCAAGCAGUGUUUGUUUUUUAUCACGCAUACAGUUUUUUCUCUGAAAAACGACAUAAUACCAGAAACUGUAAUAAACGAGCAAGAAAAAUUUGAUAAUAUUUUUAUCACGUCAAGAGAUGACACCGUUUAGCAGUGAUUAAGAAGAGCUGUAGUGUCGCAACGAUGUCUCUGUUCCCGGCUUACAGUCAGGAGGCCGCCGGCUCGAAGCUGCGCGAUGCCGAGGCCGGCGCAGAUAUGUGCUGGGACGACGCGAGUCCGCUCGAGGCCGACGCCGCGAUGGUGCCCUGCGGCGAGGCCGAGCGCGAGCUGCUCGAGUCCAGUGACAGCGACCUGGAGGUAGCGCCCGCGCCCGCGCCGGGCUCCGAGCCCGAGCCGGACUACUACGUGGACCGGCGCUUCGACGGCGGCAACCUCCGCGUCUCCACUAUCUACUACCCUGGCCGUCCGCAAUACAACAGUCCAGAGUUCCACUUGGCGCUCGGUCUGAAGCGCACGGCGGGGCACAGGAAGCGCGCGCGGCGCUACUGGGAGGCGAAGGACGACGGCAGGGGCGGCGGCGGGGUCGGGGAGGGCCCGCAGGCGGAGGGGGAGGGCGAGCGCGGCGCCGCGCUGCGCCGGGCGCUCGUGGACAGGCCGCGGGACGUGGAGCUGUGGCUGCAGUACAUCGACUAUCAGGAAUGGGUGCACGGCGCAGAGGCGGCACGUGCGGUGAGCGAGGCGGCGGCGGCGCGCGCGCCCGACGCCCCCGCGCUACGGGCGCGUCGUCUCGCGCUGCUGCAACGGACCGAGGCCGCACAGGACUACGUCACUAGGUUACGCGACGAGCUCACGCAAGAAAAAGAUCCGUACGUGUCGGCGGAGCUGUGGUGUCGCCUGAUAUCGGCGUUGGCGCGCGAGCCGUCGGCCGGCGUGUCGGGCGCGGCCGCCGCCGCCGCCGCCGCCGCGCGCUCCUGCCGCCGCCUGCCCGCCGCCUACCCCAACAUACUGUACACGUACGGCUCGGUAGUUCGUGCGGCCGGGCUGUGGGAGACGCUGGUGCUGCUGCUGGAGCUGGUGCUGGCGGCCGCGCCGGGCGCCGCGUCCACCCCGGCCGGCCCGCCUUCCGCCUUCCCGCCGCCGCGCGACCCGCGCCGCGAGCGGGACGCGGAGGAGCGGCUGCAGGACUACGAGGACAAGGUGGUGAACAGCGGGCUGCCGUCGGGCGCGGUGUGGGCGCGCGUGGAGCGCGCGCGCGGCGCGGCGCACUGGCGGCCGGCGCGGGCAGAGGCCGCCGCGGCCGGUGCCGCCGCCGCCGCCGACGCCGACCCCGACCCGCAGCGCACGCCGGCCUUGGCCGACGUCGCCGACCUCGUGCUGCCGUGCGCAGACCCCGCUGCCUUGUUCCUGUUACUGGUUAAUGCAUUACGUCUAGCGAAGGUUCCUUUGCUCCCGGGUGCACAAUACGUGCACGACGCCGCGGGCGCGGGCGCCGACGAGUGGGACUGCGGCGAGGCGCUCCUGCCGCUCGUGCUCGCGUCGCGCCGCAUGCCGCGCACGCACGCGGCGCACGCCGCGCCCGGGGCGGCGCGGGAGCUCGUGAAGCUCGCCGUCGACCCGCCGCACUACUUCAGCGAUGAUUAUGGGUAUCGUAGCUGGGUGGAAGCUCUGUGGGACGCGGCGCUGGCGGCGGCGACCGGAGACGGCGUGGUGGCGCUGCUCUGCUGGCGGCUGCGGUGGCUGCAUGCGCAACUGCUGCUCCUGCCCGAGUCUUCUGAGAGCGCGGUGGAAGCGCGGCGCAUCCGCGACGCGGCGCAGGCGACCCUCAAGCGCUGGGGCGGCUCGCGCGCGCUGGCUUUCGCGCUGUUCGCGCGCCUGGCGCACGCCGCGGCGGCGCGCGGCGGCGGCGGCGGGCCGGACGCCGGGCGCCGCGCCGCCGCGGUCGCGCUGCAGGACGACGCCGUGCCCACGACACAUGUGCUGUACAUCGCCAGGAUCGUGGACGAGGUGCAUGGCGGCGCGAGCGGCGCGUUGUCGGCGGCGGGCGCGCGCGCGCUGUGCGAACGGCGCUGCGCCUCAAUAGAGGAAGAGCUGGCGACCGAGGAGGAGUCCCGCGCGGCCGCGCUGGGCUGCGGCGCGCGGCUGCUGCGCGCGCUGCUGCCCGGCGCCGCCGAGUGGGGCGCCGCGCGCGCGCUGCUGGCCGACCAGGCGCGCCGGCGCCGGCUGCUGCAGCGGCUGCUGGUGAGAGGAUCUCGGCUUACGUUCUUCUUAAACUUAUUUACUGAAGCAUCGCUAUUCUGGGGUGCCGUAACUUAAGUUGUAUCAGUAUAGCUAACAUUAUAACACGUGGUUGUUAUGGCCGCGACACGGCAUAUUAGUAUGUGAGAGUGAACGGUUGACGGCAGGCGUCGCCGGGCGGCGCACGCGGCGCGGGCGCGGCGCGCUGGGGGGAGCAGGCGGCGGCGGCGCUGGCGCCGCGCACGCGCCACGGCACCGCGGCCGCGCGCGAGCUGUCCCGGCGCUACCCCGGCAACGCGCUGCUGGCGCUAGGUCAGUCCACCGAGCCAUAUUGCUUAUAUUUAACCUUAAUAUUUUGGUACGAAUUUGAACAAUUGUUAUAAAUUUUGCGAGAUGAAAAGAUUCAUUGUAGCCGUAGUUAAAUUUAUUAAAAAAUCAAUUCGUGUUAAGUGUCGAGCGGCACGCCGCUGUGGUCGCA